AUGGGGACGCCACUCAAUUCGCCGGGCCGGGCUCGUCCACCCCCGCUCCGCCAACCCCUCCGCCUCCGCGUGUUCCUGCGCCUCCCCCUCCGCCACCCCCUCAUCCUCCGCCACCCCCUCCCCCUCGUGUUCCUGCGCCAUCUCCGCCCACCUCUCCCCCUCCGCGUGCUCCUUCGCCCCCUCCGCCACCUCCUCCCCCUCCGCGUGUUCCUGCGCCUCCCCCUCCGCCACCCCCUCCCCCUCCGCGUGUUCCUGCCCCCCCUCCGCCACCCUCUCCCCCUCCGCGUGUUCCUGCGCCUCCUCCUCCGCCACCCCCUCCCCCGCCACGUGUUCAUGCGCUCCCUCCGCCCCCCUCUCCCCCUCCGCGUGCUCCUUCGCCCCCUCCGCCACCCCCUCCCCCUCUGCGUGUUCCUGCGCCUCCCCCUCCGCCACCCCCUCCCCCGCCACGUGUUCAUGCGCCCCCUCCGGCCCGCUCUCCCCCUCCGCGUGUUCCUGCACCUCCUCCUCCACCCCCUCCCCCUCUGCGUAUUCGUGCGCACCCUCAGCCCCGCCCUCCUCCCCCUACUCCUCCCGCUGUCACCCCCUGCUAUUCCCUCCAUCCGCCUCCACCUCCUCCGCCGCCUCCCCUGCCACCUUCCCCACCGCCUUUCCAUCCUUGUCAGUUCGCUCCCCCGCUGCUGCCUCACCCGCGGCCCCCCCCCGUAUCGUAUGUGCGCGCCCCAUCGGCAGCCCACGUUCCUCUCCAACUGCCACCUUCACUCCAUCGCCGCCUCACUCCGUAGUCUCCGUGCCUUAAACCUCGACACGCCAGGGGAUUACACCGCUGAGUCCGUAGAGCACGUGGCCAGCAAGCUUCCACGCCUGACAGCCCUCGCGCUCUGCUCGAAUUCAAUCACCUGGGAGACGCUGUCUCGCCUCCUCGCGCUCCUCCCGUCGCUGCAGCGCCUCUCUCUCGUGUCCCACCGCCUCGCGCCCCUUCGGGAGCACCAGCAGCAAGAGGCGGAACUCGCAGCGGCAGAGCACUGCGGAGGACGGGCGAGGGGGUCAGCCGAUGCAGCAGAUAAUGCCGCGGCGGCUGUAGAGACGUCUCAAAAGUCGCCUGAUGCAGCUGAUGCGGCGGCUGCUCUUCUGGCUCACCUCUCCUCGCUCGCUGAGGCACCCCCGAAUGCCGACAUCCCUUUCUCGUGCGCAUCAGGCUCAGGCUCCCCGCUGGCGCCCUGCCUCUCCUCCAUCCGUCUAUAUAUCACCCCCCAUCACUCCGUUGCCUGGCAUCUGCUUCCCGCCUCCUCCCUCCUGCUCGCCCUCUCUGCUAACUGCGUCGCCACUGGAGCACAGACCAGCAGCAGCAUCACUGGCAGCAGAAGCGGCAGCGGCAGCGGCAGCGGCAGCGGCAGCGGCAGCGGCAGCGGCAGCGGCAGCGGCAGCGGCAGCGGCAGCGGCAGCGGCGGCGGCGGCAGCGGCAGCCAGUGCCUCUCACCUCCGUCCAUCUCCUCCUCUCUGCGCUCCUUUCACGCCCACACUUCCUCCCUGUCCACGUGGCAACUCGUGGGCCCCUUGUUCCGCCACCUCACCACUCUCGAUCUCUCCCAAACCGAAUUCCCACACUGCCCUCCUUCUCUCCUAAUCGAAACAUCCAAGUGCCCAACUGCGAGCGGCGAGGCGGCACUCUGCCACUCCAUCCGCUGCCUGCCUCUCUUACAGCGCCUCGCCCUCCCCUGGGCCACAGACGCCCUUCUGCUGCAAAUCUCCCUCUCCUGCCCGAACCUCAUCGCCUUGCAUGCGCAGCAGCUAGCUCGCUUCGCCGCGGUUGGCCCUGCUGCUGCCAGGAAUCCCAAAUGUUACGCUCUCUACUGGCCCUCCUCCUAUGCCAGGACCUUCUUCCAUGUUGCCCCCCCUCCCGUCCAACCGCUAGUUUCUGACGCUGGGGUGGUGGCUCUCGCAAACGGAUGCACGCGAUUGGUGCAGCUGAGUCUGGGCGGCUGUGAGAACGUGGGGCCAGUGGGGCUGCACCAGCUGGCAAGGCGAUGCGGGCGGCUGGAGGUGCUGCGGCUGGCGCGCACAGCGGUGGAUGAUGCUGCUGUCGUGGCGGCGCUGUUUGGCGACAGCUGGCGCGGCGGCGGUGUGGGUGGGGCAGUGAAUGCUCUUGUUGGCAGUGCUGCCGUUGCAUCUGAGUGUACCCCUGAAAUUUCACCUGGACCCGAUGACGCUACUACUGGUGCAGCAGGUAGUGCUCCUGAGCGUACUCCUGAAAUUUCAUCUUCUCCCGACGCCGCUGCUGGUGUAUGCAGUGCUUUCAGUGCGCCACUGCAGCUGCAGCUGCCGCGGCUGGUUCUGCUGGACCUGUAUGGAUGCCCGGGGGUGUCGUCUGCCCUCCUGCUCGCUCUCUCAGCAGCAGCCAGAGAGCUUGCUGGCAACAGGGAGAAGAGCAGGGAAACUGGGUUGGCUGAAGUGGUGGCGGUGGAUGGGGGGUGUGAGGAGCAGGAGGAAAUUGCAGGCGAGGGUGAGGGGCAUGAGGAGGAAAGGAUGAGGUGGAGAGGGUGCUUCUGGGGGCCGCAGGAUUUCAGGCUGCGGCGGCUGGUGGUGUCUCCUGGAGUGAUUGAUGGGGAUUGGUGGAGGGGAAGCAAAGAAGGUGGAAGCAAAGAAGGUGGAAGCGAGGGAGACAUGGGGAUGGGUGAAGGUGAAGGAAGUGGAGAAACUUGUUUCGAUAGUGUGGAGUUAAUGCGUGCUGGUAGGGAGGUUGGGAUGCUGCUGCCACGGCUGGUGGUGACUGGUAGAAGGACCGCAGAGCAUGUUUUGCCGUGGGAUGGCUUCUUUGGAGAGCGGCAACUUGCAGUGGUUGGUGGCGAGGAGGACGAGAGUGUUAUUAGUGCUGCUGAUGAUGAUACAUGUGAUGAUGAUGCAGAAUGUGGUGAUGCAGAAAGAGAUGAUGCAGAAUGGGAUUAUCCAGAAUGGGAUUAG